CUCAACGUGAAUUUUAAUAUUUUUGUUACAAUGAAUUGAGAAUAACAGGUUCUCAGUCACUAAAGAAAGCAAAUAAGGCUUUCGGAGAUGUUUUUCAUAAUGUGAUUGCUGUUCUGGUGAUGUGGCUAAAAUAUGCCACCAAACUAUAGUGGUCACAGUGCUUGUCCCGUUUUAUGUCUAACAAAAGUUUGUUUGUUUAUAGUCACUACUUUCUUUGUAUUGUAUCUUCCACUUGGUGAUCCUCAAAUAAUAUGUGACGCAAAAAAUGUCCCAGCAAACAAAAAGGGCCUUAUCUGUUUGUGUGAUUUCUACGAUUUCAUGGUCAGAUUUGCAGAUAAAACAUUUGUGAUAAUUGAUAAGAUGAUUUGUAAAACCAUAGAUGGACUGUACGAUGCUAAAAUAAAGUUCUACAUGGCACUGUCGACCUACGACCGAGACGAUUAUUGCAGAGCUGGCUGCUGUUCUGACAAGGAUGACACUGAUUGUGUGAGGGAAAAGAAAUCCAUGUGUAAAUGUCGCAACAAAUGCUGUCGGAGAAGAGUGUGAUUUGGCGGAUAAAAUGCUUGUA